CUCUACGAGGAUGCUGGAGCGUGCACAGACGGACGGCGGCAAGCGCAUCGGGCCGCCUGAAAGCAUCCAUAUUUCACCGGUCAUUUUACACUGUCACUUUUUCAAACUUGCAAGAACUAUGCAUGUGAGUGGAUGCUGAAUAACCAGGGCGGACUUAUUAUCUAUGCCGCCCUUCCUUCUAAUCGUCAGCUGCAUCAGCUGUUGCUUUGGGACAAGUGAAGGCGACUCCCACUCUACAGGCAUCGGAAACGGGUAUCAUUCCUCGAAACGUCCUCUGUUUCCCUGACUCCUAACACAGCGGAUGCUGGAUGCCUCAUUAAUAUUUGAUCAGCACCUGGUAUCACAGCAGCAGCAACUCGCCUCUUCUGAUGGAGCAAGCACAACAAGCACAGCCUCAGCUGUCUGGAUCCGACAGUCCUGCAGAAGAUAUCUCCAAUCUCACGGACGAGGAGCUCUUCCAAUGGAACAAAGAGGAGCUGGUGGGGCGACUCAGGAGGUCUGAAGCCGAUAAAAAGAGCGCUAUUCUGGACCACAGCAAUCUGAUUCGGGAAGUAAACCGCAGCCUGCAGCUGCAUCUGAACGAGAUCCGGGGGCUGAAGGAAGUAAACCAGAAGUUGCAAGAUGACAAUCGGGAACUGCGAGACCUUUGCUGCUUCCUGGACGAUGACCGGCAGAAGGGCAAGCGAGUGUCACGUGAGUGGCAGCGUUUGGGCCGUUUCAGUGCCAGUGUCAUGCGUAAGGAGGUGUCACUGUACCUUCAGAAGCUGACCGAGCUAGAGCGCAGGCAAGAUGAGGUGAUUCGGGAGAACCAGGAGCUCAGAGAGCUUUGUGUGUUGAUGGAUGCGGAGAAGGGAGGCACCGGAGGAGGCCAGAGUGGGACAGGUUCUGCUGGGUGUCGGAAUUCCAUUGACAGCCAGAGUGGACUCCUGGUACCUGGCCUGAUGCGGGACGUAGGGGAUGGAAGCAGCACGUCCAGUGCAGGAAGUGGCGACAGCUCUGAGCAUCCACACCAUAAGCCGGCACCGUCUAGCGGAGGAACUGGGAGUAGCAGCCCGGAUCUCCACAAGUCUCGUUCUGGGAAAGGAGGUGGUGGAGAUCGUGGGGAGAUCUCCAGCCCUGACCAUCCUGUUCGACACAGAAGCACCAGCUUGGAUUACCCCUUCAUACUACCCCAGCCCCGCCGCCCUCGAUGUGGCUCCAUAUCUGUGCCUGACCAUCGGCUAAUUAGAGGGCUGAGUCCAGAAAAAUACGGCCGGUCGCUGGGCCAUCAGAGCCCAGAGACUCAUCCAAAGCACCAUCUGGCUCCAGGGCAGGGAAUGAGUCCAGAGCUCUACAUCCAGAGGCACAGGGGCAGCUUAGGGAGUGGACCUGGGAGCCCAGAACCUAGGCAGUUGCUGCUAGGAGCAUCCGAGCUGCACCAUGACAAAAGUAUGCUUGGAGGAGGUAGUCCUGAGAUGCUGAGGCAUCAGUUCACCAUGAAUCCUGAGCAUGGGAAGUUUGGCAGCCCAGGUAGAGAGACGUCACCACGGAGACUGGCAGGAGAUGAGCUGUCACCACACCAUCGGAGCAUCUACAAUGGUGUGAAUGCUUUGAUAUCAGCAGGCUGCUGCAGCAACAACUGCAGGAAUGUGAAGAUCUGGGACAGUUUUGAUGGCUCCUCUUGACCACGCUUUUGCUUGGAGGUGUGCUUGUACGCCGGGCUGAGCAGUCAGGGCCCAUUUCAGUUUACAUUAAGGACCGACUGGACAUGGUGCAAUCAUUUCAAAGGGGACCAGAGUGAUGGAUGUUUUCCCAGCAGUUCUGUUCUGGUGUAAGAAGACGCUCGCACAAACCACAGAAACAGACACACCCACAUACGCAUACACAGAGCUACGAGUAUCUAAAUGUUUCCUGUGGUUUACAAAGGCUUUACAGUUCUGCAUUUGGGUAAUUAAACACUAGGACCACCCCUCUCUAAAUAUCUGUGUGUCUAUAUCUCUCGGUGUCAUUCUCAGUAGCAAUAGGACACAUGAAACAAGAUGCUGUGGCUUUUUCUGAAGGUGCUUUCCUGCCCUUGAUGUUUAUUUAUGCAGUUUCUGUUCAACCAAAGCUAUCUAAAAAAUACCAUAUGGCCAAAUGUAUGUGGACACCUGGACAUUUAAUUUUAAAACCAUUGCCAUUAAUGGGGAGUUACACAAGAAGCACAAUUCUCUAGAAUGUCAUUUUAUGAUGGCUUAGUCAAACCCGUUAAUAAGAACGGGGUGUCCACAUACAUUUGGCCAUGUUGUGUAGCUCAAUAUUCAUUUCUCAUCCAGACUUCUGCAAAGACGUGACAGUAUCAUGUUUGUUAGGUUUUCCAUAUCUUGGUUCAUUUUUUACAUGACUGAUGCCAGUGGUGUGUAUGCUGUAUGUGCAUCAACAAAUACAAAAUAGACUGUGUACAUGUCAGUGACUGAACAACUUCAUCAGUGUUUUGCACUGAUUCUGUGUAUGUAUGUAUGUGUGUUUAUUAGCUUUAUUAUUAUUCCCUCCCUCCAAGCUCCUGUAUAUAAGCUAAUGAGGUGUUUCUUCAUGUUGUUUUAUAUACAGAAGUACAGCAUAGAACAUA